GAAUGAGCCUAGGGGGAACCUAGAAAAAUCUGUUGGUGUAAGAAGCGGCUAUAUCAGCUGUGUGAAUCAUGGAGGCUGGGCAUUCUGGGUGUCCCCUUACAGGCCUUAUAAGGACCCCCCAGCGCUGGGGUGCUAUCGCUUUCCGUAGUCCGCCGCUAUUCUUAGGCUGUCACUCCAGCCCAUCUGAGCAGGCAAGAUCUCGCUUCUUCUUCUUCGGCUUUUCGGCGUUUCUGUGUCUCUCGCACUCUGCCUGUUUGAGAAAGCGUGGCUGCUCGGCGCCUGUGCCCCCCCCACCUGUCCCCUCUUUUUUUUCCACAACGAUUGGGAGGAGAAGCCGUGAACAGGAGCGCAAACCAAGGAGAGGAUUUUGAAAAAAAUGAGCAAUUACAACAUCAAUCUCCCAGGACCUGCCCCCUGGGGGUUCCGGCUGCAGGGGGGAAAGGAUUUCAACAUGCCCCUCACCAUCUCUCGGAUCACGCCGGGGAGCAAGGCCGCUCACUGCAACCUGAUGCAGGGCGACGUCAUCGUGGCCAUCGACGGGGUCGGCACCGAGGGCAUGACCCACCUGGAGGCCCAGAACAAGAUCAAGUGCGCCAACUACAACCUGACGCUCACCAUGCAGAGGUCGAAGCGCCCAGUUCCGAUGCCCACAGCUAUGCCAAGAAUCGACACCUCCAUGCCUAUCAUCCCACACCAGAUGGACCAGUCGUUCAAAAUAAAUGGCAGCCUCUCGGCCUGCAGUACCUCCUCCGGGGCAAUAGGGGCCCCCGGCGAAUCAAACUCCUCCUACUUCUACAGUAAGCAAGAGAUCAACCAGUCCUGUAAGCUGUCAGUCAGCAGCGGCGCUGGCCCCGCCUCCCCUGCAAAGAGGCUGUCCGGUGCUGGCGAGGCAGAGGACGCCGCGGGCAAGAUGGCCCCCGGCCAAAAGAAACAGUAUAACAGUCCCAUUGGCCUUUACUCCGAAGCAACGCUCAGGGAGAUGGCCACGUGGGGCAGAGGUGCCAGUACGGGUACGCUCCCCAUUAAGGAGCCUCUCGUAGACAGUGCCUCCCCAGUCUAUCAGGCCGUGAUCAAGACCGAGGACCAGGACUUCGAGCUCUCGGACUGCGCCCGCCGCGCCGCCCACCUGCAGUCCAAGUCCUUCCGCCUCCUCGCCCACAUGACGGGCACCGAGUACAUGCAAGACCCAGAUGAGGAAGCUCUGAGGAGAUCCAGUACCCCUACUGAGCAUGCUCCAGUCUCCACAAGCCCCACACCCACUGCUCUGCCUGUUACUGCUGAUGCUGUUGCUGCUGAUGCCGCUGUUGCUGCUGAUGCCACUGAUGAUGCUGCUGCUGCUGAUGGUGCUCAUGGUGCUGAUGCUGGUGCUGCUUCAGCCAAUGAACACGCCCCCGAGCCGCAGACCCUAGCCAAUCAGGCGCCACCGUCUCCUCCCGCUGCCCUGGCUUCUUCCCCGGAGCCUGCUCCCGUAGCCCCCGCCCCGGAGAGCACACCGGCGCCCCCAAAGUCGGAGGCUCCGGUGGCCCCCGCGGCCCCCGUGGCUCCUGUGGCCCCUGUGGCCCCUGUGGCCCCUGUGUCCCCCGUGGCCCCCGCGGCCCCUGCGGGACCCCGUCACCUGUCAUUCGCCGCCUCCACAAUCUCCACAGCGCUCAGUGCCCAGUCUAGCUACAACAUGCAGACCUCCAGUUACAGCGCCCAGCAUAUGUCCCAUACUUCCAGGCCACACCCCCAGGCCCCGCCCGUGCAGCACAGCUCCAUCCAGAUCCCCGUGGGCCCGCCCCCAGCCAAGGUGGUCACCACGGCUACCAUCAAGCCCGCCGCCUACCCUGCUGCUCCAGCUCCAGCUCCACCCCCGGCCCGGGCUCCAGUCCAUGCCCCCGCUCCAGCUCCGGUCGUUGGCGGGGACGGCAACAGGCCUCCCUGGAUCACCGAUGGCAGCUUCGCCCAGAAGUUCGACCCUAGCAAGACCACCACUACCACCACAAAAAAAAUCCAGCCCCUGCCCCAAGCUGCCCCGCCCCCCCCGGCCUACAUACCCAACCCUUCCCAGGCUCCACAUGCCCCAUCCCCUGCUUACAACCCAGCCCCGGCCUACAACCCCGCCCCCAUCCAACUGCCCCCUGUAGCGCGCGGCGUUGCCCAGAGGGCCGAGCGCUUCGCUGCCAGCAGCCGGACACCGCUCUGUGGUGCCUGCAACAAUGUCGUCAGGGGACCCUUCCUGGUGGCCCUGGGGCGGUCCUGGCACCCCGAGGAGUUUAACUGCAACUACUGCCACACCUCGCUGGCGGACGUCAGCUUCGUGGAGGAGCAGAGUGCCGUGUACUGUGAGACCUGCUACGGGGAGUUCUUCGCCCCGACCUGCUCCCGCUGCAACACCAAGAUCAUGGGGGAAGUGAUGCACGCCCUGCGGCAGACGUGGCACACCACCUGCUUCGUGUGCGCCGCCUGCGGCAAGCCUUUCGGGAACAGCCUCUUCCACAUGGAGGACGGAGAGCCCUACUGCGAAAAAGACUACGUUGCCCUCUUCAGCACCAAGUGCCACGGCUGCGACUUCCCGGUGGAGGCCGGGGACAAGUUCAUCGAGGCCCUCGGUCACACCUGGCACGACACCUGCUUCGUCUGCGCGGUGUGCCACAUCAACCUGGAGGGUCAGCCGUUCUACUCCAAGAAGGACAAGCCCCUGUGCAAGAAGCACGCCCACGCCAUCAACGUAUAGAUGCUGCGGGGGCACUGAAGGGGGG